UCACUCGAUCGGCGCUCGAAAGCGAAACUCACAUGCGUCGCACCGGCUGCAGAUACAGAUACAAAUACCCGUUCCGCAGAUACAGAUACACCGUCCGCGAGUCAAGAGUCCGAAUUCGCGACACGCAGUGAAGUUGUGCCCGUCCCAUACGAUUCAUGAAAAUUACCAUUGCAAACAGGCAAUUCAAUUAGUUUGUACGCCGCCUCAAGUGCUUUACAAGUGGAGAAAUAGCGAAUAAAGCCCAAGCAAUUGGAGUUGAAGGAAUCGAGGAAGGAAAUGCCAGUGCAACAGCCACAGUCCGCGGUCGUCGGUCAUCCCAUAAAGAUGGGCAGCGAGGAGCCACCGAGUGGCAAACAAACGCGCAGAAGCCAAUCCAACUGCUGGCUGCUGCAGCGCCGCCAGCUGGACAGCAUCACAACAGUUCUUGCCGAGAUGAUAGCCACCGCCAUGCUGAUGUUGCUCGGAUGCAUGGGCAGUGUCCAGAACUCCGUGUUCACCAACUCGAACUUCCAGAGCGCCCUGAACUUCGGGUUCGUGGUGCUAAUCUGCAUCCAGUGCUUCGGGUGCGUGUGUGGCGCACACCUGAAUCCCGCCGUCACCCUGGCCACCUACGUCUACAACAUGAUCUCCCUGCCGAUGGCUCUGGCCUACUUUGUGGCCCAGAUGGUGGGCGCCUUCAUUGGCUACGGCCUGCUGAAGGCGGUGCUCCCGGAGAGCGCCAUCUACAGCACUGAGAACCCCAAUGGCGUCUGCCUCACCUCGCUCAACAGCACCCUGACCCCUUGGCAGGGCCUGGCCGUGGAGUUCCUGAUCACCUGCGUCCUCAUCUCCAUCUGCUGCGGCGUGUGGGAUCCCCGCAAUGCCACCAAGCAGGACUCGCUGCCAGUGCGAUUUGGCCUGGCCAUCGCAUGCCUGUCGCUCACAGCGGGACAACUGACUGGGGCUAGUAUGAAUCCAGUCCGAUCCUUCGCUCCGGCCAUCUGGAACGGAUACUGGGAUGACCACUGGAUCUACUGGGUGGGUCCCAUGGCGGCUGCGCUGGUCACCUCGGUGAUCUACAAGCACGCCUUCCGGCGGGAGCUGGAGGAAUCGGAGGUGGACGAGACCACGAUGUCAACCAAGAGGACCUCGGAGGCGGAGCUCGCCUAGAUGGAUAUAAUACACAUAAGACAAGUUAUCGUUUAAGUUCGUGUUCGUAUGAGUUGAGAGCGGAUAGUUUUAAGUUGCAAAGCGUGCAAAUAAAUACCUUAAAUGAAUUCCUA